AUGGUCGCUCGUCGCAUUAUCUCGCCUCCCCCACGGAUCCAGGCUGUAUCAUGCGCAACAUUUCUCUCCCCUCCCCUAGAUGGCUCGCUGCAGCUUGGAGAAAUGAUCGACUGGCACGAGAAAUACUCACCGACUCACCGCAUCUUCUUACAUGCUGACGCCAACUCUCGACCUCGCGCGAUUACUUGGUCAGAGUGUGCUAAAGCAACUCGCACUGCGUCACGUUUGACUAGAGAGCGAAUCUCAUGGAGUGAAAAGAACGGUCGAGUGCCUGUAGUUGCCAUCCUUGCUACCUCCGAUGCCAUACCAUACGCUACAGCUGUGCUGGGUGUUAUACGUGCAAACUACACGGUCUUUCCCAUUUCAAUCCGAAAUUCGCCAGCUGCGGUCGCCCAUCUACUUGGUCAAGUUGGCGUCGACCAUGUUUUGGUUGGACUAGAGCAGGGAUCACAAGAUCUGGCGAACGAAGCGAUUGCAUUGCUCAAGGCACAGAAUCCGAGCGCACGAGAGCCCCAUCUCUCGCCUAUGUUCACCUACGAUGAUCUCUAUUCCCCGUCGUCCGAACCUCCUACAGCUGACGAGCUCCCAUAUGUGUUCCAAGGCCCUGAUGCGCCCGUGCUCAUCUCACAUUCGUCAGGAUCAACUGCGUUCCCUAAGCCCAUCACUUUUUCAAACAGUCGCCUCAUCGAAAUCUUGUUGACCCCUUAUUAUGGCGAGCUCGAUAUUGCAGGUCUGGUCUUUUCUGCCCAUAUGUCGCCUAUGUUUCAUGCCAUGGGCCUAUUCACUUUCUUCUUUUGCUGUUCGUGUGGAAAUAUUCUUGCCGUGUUUACACCGGCAUCACCACCACCAGUCCCUACCUCUGAGACUGUCAUACAUGCAGCAAAAGCCACAGAUAGUACCAUAAUUAUGGCGAUUCCCACAUUUCUGGAGACCUGGUCACGUACUCCCAACUAUGUGAGCUGGCUUGCUACGCGAAAGCUAGUUAUCUUUGGAGGUGGACCUUUAAACAAGGAGGUUGGGGACUUCCUAGUAGCGCAGGGAGUCCCCAUUGUAACUGGCUAUGGGUCAGAUUGGACCCGGCAGUUUAGCAAUAACAACGCUCAACCUGACUGGGAAUAUACACGACUGCAUAGGGCUCUCACGACACACAUGUCGCCCCAAGGAGACAAUACUUUCGAAUUAAUUGUUGUGCAAAACGAGAAGUUCCAUCCAUGUAUUAUCAAUACCAAGGUUGAUGGUGCCGAUGCCUACGCAACGUCAGAUCGCCUUGCGCCACAUCCAACCCUUCCUGGGUAUUGGAAAAUUGUGGGUCGUACAGAUGAUCAAAUCAUGCAUAGUACGGGGGAAAAGACGAACCCUGGUCCUUUAGACAAUAUGGAAACCUUAGAGAGCAUGAUGAUGCAAGACGAACAUAUCGCUGGAUGUGUGAUGUUCGGCCGCGGACGGUUUCAAACAGGCGUGCUUAUCGAACCGGAAGCCGAGUACGCGUUUAAUCCUACCGACGAAACGAAGCUAGCGGAAUUCAGAAAUAUGAUAUGGCCGACAAUGGAAAAGGUCAACGCAUAUGCGCCACAGCACUCAAGGUUAUUCAAGGAAAUGGUCUUGGUGGCCAAUCCUGCGAAGCCAUUUGAACAUACGGCGAAAGGUACCAUACGCCGCACAGCGGUUAUCGCCCAAUACGAAGACGAGAUUAAUGCCGCAUAUAAUCUCGUCGAAGAGAGCUCUCAAAUAAAUAUACCCGCCCCCACCGAAUGGAACGUGGAGACCAGCCGGCAAUUCGUACGUACGAUUAUAAACAAAAUCAUCAAGCACGAGAUAAAGGAUCAUGACGACUUGUUUCAUCACGGUUGUGAUAGCUUACAGGCAACUCGGAUUCGGAAUACGCUCUUGAGGGCGCUUCGUGAUAUCGCGAAGGCAGACAUACGCAAAGUCCCUGGGAAUGCCGUGUACGAACAUCCUACAAUCGGCCAACUCGCGGACUUCGCGCUCAGCAUUGCGCUUGGCACCGUAGAGAACGUCGCGGCCGACGUUGGGGCCCGCAUCGACGCAAUGCAUUCCAUGGUCGUCAAGUAUACGAGAGAAUUCCCUCCACACCAGGCGACAGUCACUGCCGAGAAUAGCGAAGGAGACAUUGUGUUACUCACCGGAUCAACUGGUAGUUUGGGCUGUUACAUCCUAGCCCAGCUCUUGUCAGAUCCCAAGGUCUCCCACGUCUUUGCGUUGAACAGACCGUCUAGAGACCACAUUUCCCUGCACGAGAGACAGAGAUCGGCUCUGAUCAACCGAGGCCUUCCGGACCUUGUCACUUCAGACAGGCUUACACUGGUGGAAGGAGAGCUUGCGGAUGAGGGUUUCGGCAUAUCUGUCGAGCUGUAUGAAGAGAUGCGAGGAUCCGUCACGCAUGUCGUGCAUAACGCAUGGCGCGUCGAUUUCAAAGUUGCGCUUGCGUCUUUCGAGCAGAACGUCCGCGGCUUGCGCCACCUGAUCGACUUGGCACUCACGUCACCUCUCCCAAGGCCUCCACAAGUGCUGUUCACAAGUUCAGUUGGUGUCUUCCAACACGCACGACACGGCGAUGAUCUACCAGAGGCCCCCAUACAAGCAGAGUACGCAGUCGGCACAGGGUACGCAGAGUCGAAAUGGGUUUCCGAACGGAUCCUGUACGAGGCCGCGGCCAGAACCGCGCUCCCCAUCAUGGUCGUUCGCGUCGGGCAAGUCACCGGAGGCCCGGACGGCGCAUGGAACGCACAUGAGUGGUUCCCAUCCCUAGUGCAGAGCGCACCAGUUCUCAAGUGCUUCCCAGAUGACAAGAGGGCAUUUCUUGUGCCUAUAUACUACAUCGCAUGGGGCGUAGCGUGGAUCCAGCUCAACAUCGCGGCGGCUGCACUGACAGAGCUCCGCUAUUCCUCAAGUAUGACGCAUACCGUGCACCUCGUGCAUCCCUGCCCAGCGUCCUGGGGCACGCUCGCAGCGGUGGUCGCGAGAGUGUUUGACGUCCCGCUCGUCCUAUACGUCGAGUGGCUCGCUCGGCUUGAGGCGAUUUUCCAAGCCGUUCCAGGCGCUAUCUUCAACCUGUUUAUAUUAUUUACUUCACGAGUUUACUAG